CCCCAGUGACAGCCCUAGCUAGUGGGCAGGCUCGCCACAAAGACUCAAACGUGCCUCACCUAGUGCACUGGUAAAUAAACGGGAAUGUGACAGCGAAUGGGAUUAUCUGCGGCCAACAGGACACACCGGUCCGUUUGACAUCUGUCUGAUAACCCGAAGAAGUGUAUUCCUGGGUUUCCAACGGUUUUAUCGCGUAACCACCCAGGAAUGCAUGUAGUCUGAUCCGUUUUGAAAUGCAGCAGUUGGAGUGUUAGGUCUGCACAGCACAGUGUCGUGGUAUCGAAUGCAAAAUUAGAAUCCGCAAAAAACUGUAUGCUUUAUAAUAAUAUUCACCUAGUAUAUAGCGAACUGUUGAGAAAAAAAGGGUUUCUGGUACUGACAGACGUAUGGAUUGUGGAAUGCUACUCUAUUAAUUACCGUCCGCAUAGAUCCACUGGCUUCUAGGCUGGUAAUUUCUUCUUCAAUUCAGUAAUAAUUUGAAGCUUUGCGUUUUAUUUUUAGACAUAAAAUUGGAAAUUAUCUGUUUGAGAGGUGGGGUGAAGUGGGUAAUUCAAAGCGAUCGUCUAUUUAUGGGUUAAGGUGGCUCGGCGUGUAAUGAUAAAUAACAUUUAAAAAUGAGUAUCUCCGCUUUUGUCAAGUUCAGCCUGCCUCACGAAUACAAUAUGUAGGGUACUUCCACUUUUUAAAUCGAAGCAAUACCUGGAAUGUUAAGAAACAGGUCCCUAGAAAUGGAAGGAAUCGAGCACGCCAUGCAGAAGAAGGCUGCAGAGCUGGAGCGCGUGGCGGAGGUUCUGGUCACUGGGGAGCAGUUGAGGCUUCGCCUCCAUGAGGGAAAGGUUAUUAAAGAUCGCAGGCACCAUCUCAGGACCUACCCCAACUGUUUCGUAGCUAAAGAGCUGAUUGACUGGCUGAUGGAGCAUAAGGAAGCAUCUGACAGAGAAAUGGCAAUCAAGAUUUUGCAGAAACUACUGGACCAGAGCAUCAUUCAUCAUGUCUGUGAUGAACACAAAGAAUUCAAAGAUGCAAAGCUCUUCUACCGUUUCAGGAAAGAUGAUGGAACCUUCCCAUUGGAUAAUGAAGCCAAGAUUUUCAUGCGAGGGCAAAGGUUAUAUGAAAAGCUGAUGACCACAGACAGCUCUUUGGUGCAGACGAGGGAGGAGGAUGGAGUGAAGUUUGAGCGGACGCUGGUGGCCUCCGAGUUUGUGGACUGGCUGGUCCAGGAGGGAGAGGCGUCCACCCGGGAGGAGGCGGAGCAGCUGGGCCGGAGGUUGCUGGAACAUGGCAUCAUUCAGCAUGUGACCAACAAGCAUCACUUUGUGGACAGGGGCCUCCUGUACCAGUUCAAGAUGAACUUCAGGAGGAGGAGGAGGCUGAUGGAACUGCUCAGCGAGAGCUGCCGGUCCAUACCCGAGAGCCACGACAGCCCCUUCUGUCUGCGCAAACAGAAUCAAGACACAGGCAACAACAGCUUCCUUUCAGUCAGCCCCACCAAGGAGAUCAAGAUCGUGUCUGCCGUGCGCAGGAGCAGCAUGAGCAGCAGCUGUGGCAGCAGUGGCUAUUACAGCAGCAGCCCCACCCUGAGCAGCAGCCCCCCCGUGCUCUGCAACCCCAAGUCAGUCUUGAAGAGGCAAGUCAGACCCGAGGAGCUGCAGACCCCUGGGGGCCCUUUUAUAAAGAAGACAUUCACAAUUGUGGGGGACGCUGUGGGCUGGGGGUUCGUGGUGCGAGGCAGCAAGCCCUGUCACAUCCAGGCAGUGGAUCCAAGCGGCCCUGCUGCUGCUGCGGGAAUGAAGGUUUGCCAAUUUGUGGUCUCUGUCAACGGACUAAACGUUCUUUCCUUGGAUUACAGGACAGUCAGCAACCUCAUUCUGACUGGCCCACGAACCGUUGUUAUGGAAGUCAUGGAGGAAGUUGAUUACUGAAACGGGAAGUGAGGGCUGCCUCAUACUUCAGAGAGAAUCUGAAGAACCAAAGAAACACAGACCUACCAAGCUAAAUUACCUCUGGAUAAUACUUAACAUUGAAAGCUCCAGUGCAGUUUUCUUGUAGAGUUAUCCUCAAACGUAUUCAGAGGGAACAAAAUAUUUUAAUAUGACUACAUACCAUACAGUCUACCGUUCAAUGAUUUUUAAGGCCAGGUGAAGUGUAAUGUCCUCCCUUUGAAGAAGGUAUUAAUAUGAGGUUAUACAUACAAAUCGUAUGCCAGGUACAUUAAGUAUAGAGCACAGAUGUAUAGGUAAAAUGUUUCGUAAAGCAUUACAAAGUAAUGUAAUGAGGGGGCUGUUCACAAAAUAUAAAAAUAUAUCUCCUCUCUCUCAUUAGUUAUUGGUCAUAGAAUUAUGGAUGAACAUUUCAAAUCCUGUAUGUAAAAUAUAUGUGUAAUUGCUUUACACAAAGCUUUAACAGAGUGCUACUAUAAACAACACUUCAAAAGUACAAUAUGUUAUCUUACUAUUCUAAUACAAAAAAGUGUUUUUUGUAAGUAGCACUAACUAAAGAGUUUCUAUUAGUACCAUUUUAAAAACUAGUUCAGUUUGUAGAAGGCUGCCUCUGUAAAUUGGAGUAAUGCAUGGCUGAAGAGAGUGUUCAUACUGAAAAAUGCUUGCUGUACAUUAUGUCUGGGUACACAGAACAGUAAGCAUCAGUGAUUCCUAUCACUUUUACACAGGGAUCUCCACUAAGUGGACUCAUUUACUACUUCUUACUAAUGAAGUAAAUCAGAUCACCGAAGGUGAAUUUCUUUUUUCAGCACACUAAGCACUACUGUCAUAGUCAAAAGAAAGCUGAGAAUAAAUGGAGGAAUGUGUGAGUCUUUAGCAAACCUUCAUCUCAAGUCUGGCUUACACUACUGAAAAAUUAUGAAUCUGGGAGAAAAAGAAAAUUAAAAUAUAAAUACUGGGAGUGGAUCCCAGAAGUGUUUGUGGUUUACUCUGCUAGUGUGAUUCAGUUGCUUUGUCUAUUAGAUUGAGUUCACUGGAUUGUUUUGUUAUCAAGGGUUAUACUGUAGCUUUUAACAGACAGUGUGAGCUGACCUUUUUUUACUUCCAGUUACUAUAAAGGUCAAUGAGGUUAAGGUUAUCGAUCUGAAAAACUCCCAGAGAUAAAAUACAAAUAUAGGUAGCGUGUGAUGUUAGCUUAUUCAAACACUGUCCAAUGGAUCAAUGAAAUUUGAUAUGUAUAGAAGGGACCCACAGGCACUGCCAUGGACAUCAUAAGUAAACAGUAAAAGAGCCUAGGUAAGAACCUAGGAAAAUGCACUUAACGUCUUAUUCAAGGUCUCCAUUUAGUUGACCCUAAAGACAUCGGUUGACUUUAUUUUUGUUUUAUACCUUCAAGGAGUUUGAAUACUUGAAUUUAAUUCCCUUUAGUCAAAGACUAAAAUGUUCAUUUUUGUUUAACCUGUCAGUUAAGGACAUGGCUCUUCUUUGGAAAAAUCAGAAUUAAAUCUGAGUACUUGUGCAUAUAAAUAUAUGGGAAUCUGCUCUCUUUCUGGAAGAAUAUAUUCUGUCAGAUUCUGAUUGCAUAAUUUUUACAGUACAGUUUGUGGUGUCACUGGGGGAAAAAUUGAUGUAAAAGAGAUGUUACUCACACCACUCUGUUCUUCUCCGUUACUCUUGUCUGUUGAUUUUCCGAUCCCAGUCCGUAAUCCGUUUUCCCUAUCCUUAAACUAUCCAAGUUCCAAAGUCCGUAAAUCACCUGAAUAGGCCUUUUCCAAAAGUGGGUUACCUGGUUCUCCUUGGCGGCCAUUUUGCUCAGGUCUAUAUCAAGUAUAUUCCGUUCCGAAAAUACUGGUUAUGAAUGACCCUUCCCCAGGUCCUCUUACAAGUUGUUUGAAUAGGGCAUCUAACCUUAUAAAUAUUGUUUGUUUAUGUUCUUUAUAUGUAGGGAGGGAUACAACUUACAACCACAAUAGAGCACUUACAACAAAAGCAAUCAGUAGCAAGUACUAGUGUAUGCUUAGUGUUAAAUAAUUAGACAAGCAGUCUCUAAAAUUAAAAUAAAAAUAUUCUAACCUAAAAAGCUAGGCUUAAUGAUGGAUAAAAACAUGUCUUGCAUUAAGCUUCUGCUUAUACUGUAUAUACUUAUAGUGUAAAAGAAUAUUGAUUUUCUUUACUGUGAAAAAUAAAAAUGUCUUUAACGCUGUUAAAAACAGUGUAACUUUUAGCCAAAAUGCUUGAUUAUCAUUUAGGUAUAAAAAAAAACAUAUGGUUGUUAUUUUAGAAAGAAAGAGGUAUAUUGUGUGAUAAAAAAAGUUCACCACCUCUAAUUCUAUGUCUCUAUACACACAAAAUAAGUUAAGUCUACAAAUGUGUUAAUAUAUCUUAUGAAUAUAUAUAGAAGAUAUUAAUGGAAAGUGGUGUUUGCAAAGCGGUAGUUUUUGAAAAGCAUUUUAUAUUGCAUUUCUGUUUUUAUCAUUGAAGAAUAACAUUUGAUUAAACAUAUGAACGUUUACAGCUUAUUGCCAAACAAUGUGAAUACUGAGGAGUCUGAAAGGCAAAUCAGUAAGUGUUUGCUUUCCAUCAAAGCUAAAACCAUAUACAAUCUUAUCAAGAGAAUUUUAAAUUCAGUGAUAAAUACAUAUUCUGAGGUUGGUCUUGUUUCUUUCUGACAAGGCUGAGACUAAGUAGUGCAAGCUGCUGAAAAUAGGUGUACUGAAAAAUGGACUUUUAUGUAGAAGAAAAUAAGCUUUGGUAAAGUUAUGUUGAUAAAAGAACUAAUACAGCAGAAACAGCCUUAGAAGAGUAAGUGGUGCUUAUUUAUGUUUGCUUUGCUCAGCUCUAUACAGGUACAAAUGUCUAAUGAAUGCCUUAAUACUGUUUUUUUAUGAUUAUUAAUCUUGUGCACCACUUACUAAUUACAAUUAACCUUAUUUAAAACUUAUUAUGUAUCUUUUAAAGGUUUUUUGUAUUUACUCCCAAGUUUUUGCUCACCUGAUAAAAUCCAACAAAAAAUUCUCCUAACUUGGUGAAGUGUAAGAAAUGUUCAUGUUUACCCCUUUCAGUCGCAGUCAUCUCUUGAGUGGUUUGAACCUCUUUCACUACCCUUCAGACACCUGGGAGCCAAAUUUGCAGUGGAACAAAGAGUUCGAAAAAUGAACCUGCAUUUGUUUUUCUUAUGAAAGACUUGAAGCUAUUUACUGACAAUCAAUGGUGAAUUUUCUGCUGGACAAUCUAAAAUGAAAAUCUAGUUUUUCUACAUUGUUCAUCUGCCAGUGUUACUUUUUUGUAGAAUUUGUAACAAAAUACAGUACAUCUAAAAAGGGACAACAAUCAUAUUACAUUUACAUUUAUGAAGCCAGACUAGCUUGCUCAUGACAGAUGUUUGUGUUUUGACGCUGUUCUUAUAAUCAGAACAAUGAAAAGGUGGGAAUGUAUCAAACCACAUUUUGCUAAAUGAAAUGUUUCAUUCUGGGUGUUUUAUUAGGCUCAAUUGAUUAAACCUUGUUUCCUUUUCAUUUUGGAAAUUAAAAAAUAAAAAGCUGCUGAUAACUGUU